AUGUGGCUUAAGUUUUGGGCCUGCAUGGCCAUAUUGGCCGGCUCUGUCGCAGCCGUCACGCAGAUCACCGACGAUGAGAUGACUUCGCUUCUCAGCGCCGGCGGCGCAGACCUAGCCAACCUUUACGCGCCCCUGUGGUUCUUCGCCCAAGCCGAGAAUCAACCCCCCUUGCUAUCCAACCUGGGCCUUUGGCGGGUCCCCAAACACGCCGGACACUUACGACGCCGCUCACAAGACCCCAGCCGCAGCCCAAUGCCAGUACCCAAAUGGCCCGCCUUCCCAGUCUACUACACGUUUAAGCAGUGCAAUGAGACUGAAGUGCGCGUUGUCUACAACCUCUUCUAUGAAAAGGAUGGCGCGACAUUUGGUGUGAUCCAGACUGGUCAUAACUAUGAUUGGGAACGGGUGGUUAUCAUUCACUCGCGCGAUGACAAUGACAUGUGGGCGCCUUCGCGUGCAUUGCUGUCCGCUCAUAGCGGAUACCAUAAUUUAGCUUGGGGUGAUAUUCAAAAUACUUUGACGACGGAUCAGAUCAAUGCUGGCGAUGCUAAAGAUCCGAAUGGUGUGCAGGAUGAAGAUCAUCCUAAGGUUUAUGUGGCUUGGUCAAAACAUCCUAACUUUGAUACCCGUAACACGGGGUUCACCGAUCCUAUCAGCCAGUCCUUGGAUGAUGCUUAUCGUAGUGAUGAUUGGUGGCACUAUGUUGGCCCUCAGUACUAUAUCCAUUCCGACAACAGUACUGUGGCCGGUCAAGCUCUUGGAUCUGCUGACUGGGGAAGUGCUACUAGUAACCCGCCCCUGGUGCAAGCCAGUGUUUGUGAUGCAUCUUAA